UUAUUUGUUGUGCUUGGCCAUUUCUGAUACUGAAAUGAAAUUGAGUUUUGAUUGCUAAGUCUUGUUAUUGCCUCUAGUUCUCAAUUGGGGGGCCUGCCUCCCUUCUUCUUCAUCUUCUAAUUCUUUCUUCUUCAAUAUCUCAUGGACAUAACCCUCUUCACUUCUUCUAAAGGACCUCAAUUCUCCCAUACCUUCUUCUCUCCCAAUAAUAAUGGUGAUCACAUAGCCUUAGACAUGCACAGCAACGCUAAUCAACAACAUAGCCAUACUUCCACCAGUCGUUCAUCUGUUGACUCAGCAGGCGGUGUCGCUGGAUGUGCCGGCGAGCCCUAUGGCGACACCACAGGUAACAAAUGGGCGUCAAAGCUUCUUAAAGAAUGUGCUAGAGCCAUCUCCGACAAAGACUCUAGCAAAAUUCAUCACCUUCUAUGGAUGUUAAACGAGCUUGCUUCACCCUAUGGAGAUUGUGAUCAGAAAUUAGCUUCUUACUUCCUCCAAGCCCUCUUUUGCAAGGCGACGGAAUCAGGUCAACGUUGCUACAAAACCCUAACGUCCGUUGCCGAAAAGAGUCACUCCUUUGACUCUGCCCGCAAAUUGAUCCUCAAGUUUCAGGAGGUAAGUCCAUGGACAACGUUCGGCCACGUUGCCUCCAACGGUGCAAUUUUAGAGGCCUUGGAAGGAGAAACGAAACUUCACAUAAUCGAUAUCAGUAACACGUUGUGCACUCAAUGGCCGACGUUGCUGGAAGCUUUAGCCACGAGAAACGACGAGACUCCUCACCUGAAACUCACCGUUGUGGUGACUGCAAGCCUCGUGCGAUCAGUGAUGAAAGAGAUUGGACAAAGAAUGGAGAAGUUCGCUCGUCUAAUGGGCGUCCCCUUCGAGUUUAAUGUCAUAAGUGGGAUAAAUCAUAUAGGAGAGUUAACAAAGGAAACAUUAGGCGUCAAAGACGAUGAAUCCAUUGCUGUGAAUUGCAUCGGCGCGAUGAGGAGAGUCACCAUAGAGGAAAGAGAACGCGUAAUCCAAAUGUUUUAUUCACUUGGAGCCAAAAUUGUAACAAUUGUCGAAGAAGAAGCUGAUUUCACAAGCACAAGAUAUGAUUUCGUCAAGUGUUUUGAAGAAUGCCUCAGAUUCUACACAUUGUACUUUGAGAUGCUGGAAGAGAGCUUCACGGCGACGAGCAACGAAAGACUGAUGCUAGAGAGGGAAUGUUCAAGGAGCAUAGUAAGGGUUUUGGCGUGCGAAGAAGACGAAAUCUCUGCAAAUAAUUACGGAGAAGAAUGUGAAAGAAGAGAAAGAGGAAGGCAAUGGAGUGAUAAAUUCAAGGCGAAUAAUUUUUCCCCAUCUGGGUUCAGUGACGAUGUUGUGGAUGAUGUGAAGGCAUUAUUGAAGAGAUACAAAGCGGGAUGGGCAUUGGAAACGUUACCACAAGAACAACAACAAGGUGGAGAUAAUAUCAAUAAUAAUAAUAAUAAUAAUCACCAUGAAAAUGCAGGGAUUUAUUUGACAUGGAAGGAGGAACCAGUGGUGUGGGCAUCAGCAUGGAAACCCUAAUCAGAAUUUCAUGAACAUAUUUUUCUAUGGAUGAUGGUGAAUAUUUCUGGAGAUGUUAUUAUAAAAUUUUCAUGCAUAUUUGUAGUAGUUGUUAAUUACUUAAGCCUCGGAUUGAUCGAUCCAGGCAUUUUUCAUUUUGAUUAGUAUUAAGGGUUUAUGUUUGGGAGUUUGUGUGGGUUUUGUUUUGUUUUUAGAUGAUUGCUGUUGUUUGAAGGUGUUUGAAAUUUAUGCCUCUCUCUCUCUAUCUUUUCAAUUAUUAGUGAUUUAUUUCUAUUCA